AUGGCCGAUGACAUUCGGGCGCCUGCCGGGUCCCCAACGUCAAGGUCUCCGAGCCUUAUCUCUUCGUUCCCUCGCAUCGAGGGAAUGGGGAAAUUCACUCAAACUGUCGGCGGUGGAGAUUUAUCGAAGCGGUUCCGACGCGACACGCCGACUGCAGCCAUCGCGUUGCGGCCGCAGCAGGACGCGGAAGCCGCUCGAAACCGCGAGGUGCACGUGGACAAGCUGCGGGAGACGAAAGCCUGGGACGACGCAAAGCGGGAGGAGUUCUGCUCCAACUACCGCUGCAUUUAUGUUUAUGAGAUCACUUAUGAUUGUUCACUGAUGGCAGUUGGGUGCACGGUUUCGCUAGCAGAAGCCAUUGCCCGAGGAGAAGUUCGGAAUGGCAUGGCUCUUGUCAUGGCAGGCACAGGGGACCUCCAGGUGCUUCGAAUGUGCAGGCACCUUCAUGAACGGGUUGGACCAUCUCACCCAAGUGCAACGUAUGGUGCACAUAUGGCUGUCCACAUGGCUCUUGGUCUACUUUUCCUUGGUGGAGGGACCCAGACAUUGGUGACCCAUCAUCGAGGCAUAGCAGGACUCCUCACUGCCUUCUUCCCAAAGUUCCCCACUCACAGCAGCGACAACCGCUAUCACCUGCAAGCCCUGCGCCACUUAUAUGUUCUAGCUGUGGAGCCACGCUUGGUGAUUCCAUGUGACACUCGUACCCUUCAGCCAUGUUAUACUCACCUCAGGGUCCUUUAUCUUGAUACUCCUUGGUAUUCAAAUGAGGAGCUCACCAUCCGGGCUCCUUGUCUUUUGCCUCCUCUUGACACCAUAUACAAGGUGGAAGUGAAGGACAGUCGUUAUUGGCCCAUAGUUUUUGAGAAGGGAAAGAACUGGGAUACACUCCUGACCCUACUCAAAAAGGGAGGGCAGUUGCCUGUGACACAAAAGGCUGGAUCAUUGUCAUAUAUGGAAGAUCCCCUUGGCUUUAAGAGCAUGCUUGGAAGGCUCUUAUCUUCAUCUGAUGUUGUCCCCUGGGAUGUUCAUCCAGUGGCAGUGGAAUCAUUCACCUCUGAUCCCACAUUACUUGCAAUCGCUCAGAGCUUCCGACCAGCAUCCGAGUUGCAAUCAGAAGAGGAUAAUGAAGCCAUGCUUCUUCGUUACAUUGGCUCCCUUAUGUAUGAAUGCAUCACUCAUGAGAAGCAGGAUCUCAUCACCUUUUGGCCAUCUAUGGUCUUGAGCUCGAAGAGAGUGGUGUUCUCUCAAUGGGUAACUCAUCUUCAGCUUCUCUCAUCCUGGGCAGAAAAAACUCCAAAGUCCAUCCUCACUAGUGAAGCUGUCAUGUCCCUAAUCCUGAAAGUCAAGAGUUACCUGACCUCAGAUAUUGCCAAAACGAUGCUGAAAAAAGGACUGAGGCAGUACAUGCUAAUGGAUGAGAAACCAAGUGAUCUGGACAAAGAAUCCAAGGAGGCCCUGGCAGCAUACCUUACCUGGGAAGGGAUCCCACCCAUUGGAAAAUGGACAUCUAAAGAAGAGGUUGGAAAGGAGUUGCAAAAAGCAGGAGUUGCAAUGUGGACUGUGAUAUGCACACUACAGUUCAUGUCUUCCUGAACAAAACUAACUGAUCUACCAGUCUUCUAUGCCAACCAUGAGGGAAUGUUUUUAUAUUAUGACCUCCAUGCUGAGAAUACAAUUAGAGCAUGUUACCAUUCCCCAUGCUUUUAUCAGAUCUUUUGUCUUGGGACCAUUUGUGGUUUAUUGUGGCUCUCCAUAACUACCAGCUUUUCUGACCCCAGAACCAACAUCUAUAUUUGGUAAUUCCCUGUUGUCCCUUGUCAUCCUUUUUCAGGC